AUGGCUCGCUUCGGAGAGGACCUGCCCAGCCGCUAUGGAUCUGGCGGCGCGGGGGCUCCCUCGGGGCCCGGCGGGGCCCGGGGCAGCAGCAGCCGGCAGGGCCCCCCCGGCCAACCGGGCCCGCGGCCCCCGAUAUACAAGCAGACCAAGGCCCAACGGGCCCGGACAAUGGCUCUCUACAACCCCAUUCCGGUCAAGCAGAGCUGCUUCACCGUCAACCGCUCCCUCUUCAUCUUCAGCGAGGACAACGUGAUCCGCAAAUACGCCAAGCGCAUCACCGAGUGGCCUCCAUUUGAAUAUAUGAUUUUGGCUACGAUUAUAGCCAAUUGCAUCGUUUUGGCUUUGGAGCAACAUCUCCCUGAUGGAGAUAAGACACCGAUGUCAGAGAGGCUGGAUGACACCGAACCGUAUUUCAUUGGAAUAUUCUGCUUCGAAGCGGGCAUAAAGAUUAUUGCGCUGGGUUUUGUUUUUCACAAAGGAUCUUAUCUCCGCAACGGAUGGAACGUGAUGGAUUUUGUGGUUGUGCUUACGGGGAUUCUGGCUACAGCUGGGACCCAAUUUGACCUUCGAACUCUGAGAGCCGUCCGUGUGCUGAGACCCCUGAAACUUGUCUCAGGAAUCCCAAGUUUACAAGUUGUCCUCAAAUCCAUCAUGAAGGCAAUGGUCCCCCUCCUUCAGAUCGGCCUCCUCCUCUUCUUCGCCAUCGUGAUGUUUGCCAUCAUCGGUCUGGAAUUCUACAUGGGCAAAUUUCACAAAGCUUGCUUCUCCAAUGAAACAGGUGAGAGGCUGGGAGAUUUCCCAUGUGGUGAAGACUGGCCCGCGAGGCCCUGUGAAGAAGGCACCUGCAAAAAAUACUGGGAGGGCCCCAACUUUGGAAUCACCAACUUCGACAAUAUCUUGUUUGCUGUGCUCACCGUCUUCCAGUGCAUCACCAUGGAAGGAUGGACCGACAUCCUCUACAACACAAACGAUGCUGCAGGGAACAUGUGGAAUUGGCUUUACUUCAUCCCCCUCAUCAUCAUCGGUUCCUUCUUCAUGCUCAACCUGGUCCUGGGUGUCUUGUCGGGUGAGUUUGCCAAAGAACGAGAGAGAGUUGAAAACCGGCGAGCUUUUCUGAAACUCCGGAGACAGCAGCAGAUCGAGAGAGAACUUAACGGCUACCUGGAAUGGAUCUUUAAAGCAGAGGAGGUGAUGUUAGCAGAAGAAGACAAGAAUGCUGAAGAGAAAUCCCCCUUGGAUGUGCUGAAAAGAGCGACAAUCAAGAAAAGCAAAAACGAUCUAAUUCACGCUGAAGAAGGAGAAGAUCACUUCACAGAUGUUUGCUCUGUGGGGUCUCCCUUUGCCCGGGCCAGCCUCAAGAGUGGCAAGAACGAAAGCUCCUCCUACUUCCGUCGGAAAGAGAAGAUGUUCCGCUUCUUCAUUCGGCGCAUGGUGAAGGCCCAGAGCUUCUACUGGAUUGUACUCUGUGUGGUGGCUCUCAACACGAUGUGUGUGGCCAUUGUGCAUUAUGAUCAGCCAGAAGGUCUCACCACUACCCUUUAUUUUGCUGAAUUUGUCUUCCUGGGUUUGUUCCUCACUGAGAUGACUCUGAAGAUGUACGGUCUGGGGCCAAGGAACUACUUCCAUUCCUCGUUCAAUUGCUUUGACUUUGGGGUGAUUGUCGGAAGCAUCUUUGAAGUCAUCUGGGCUGUGGUAAAACCUGGGACUUCUUUUGGCAUCAGUGUGCUCAGAGCCCUCCGACUGUUGAGGAUCUUCAAAGUCACCAAGUACUGGAACUCUUUGAGGAACUUGGUGGUCUCCUUACUGAAUUCGAUGAAAUCCAUCAUUAGCCUGCUGUUCCUUCUCUUCCUCUUCAUUGUCGUGUUUGCCUUGCUGGGGAUGCAGCUUUUUGGUGGGCAGUUUCACUUCAAUGAUGAAACACCAACUACCAACUUUGAUACCUUUCCCACUGCCAUUCUCACUGUAUUUCAGAUCCUGACCGGGGAAGACUGGAAUGCCGUGAUGUACCAGGGCAUCGAAUCCCAAGGGGGUGUCCAUUCUGGAAUGUUCUCUUCGGUCUACUUCAUCGUCCUCACCCUCUUCGGGAACUAUACCCUCCUGAAUGUCUUCUUGGCCAUUGCUGUAGACAACCUGGCCAACGCACAAGAAUUGACCAAGGAUGAAGAAGAAAUGGAAGAAGCUACCAACCAAAAACUAGCCUUGCAGAAGGCGAAGGAGGUUGCCGACGUCAGUCCCCUGUCAGCUGCCAACAUUUCUAUCACAGCCAAACAGCAGAAUUCCUCCAAAUCCAAAUCCGUGUGGGAACAGAGGACCAGUCAACUCCGCGUGUACAACUUCCGCACCAGUUGCGAAGCCUUGUACAACGAGAUGGACCCGGAAGACAGGGUCCGCUACGCCACCAACCUCCAUAUCCGUCCUGAUAUGAAAACUCACAUGGACCGGCCUCUGGUGGUUGAGCCAAGGAGUGAAGGCCGUAGCGGCAAUGCCAACACCGUGAGCCCCACCGAGGGCCAGGAGGCCUCUGACCAGGUGAAGGCCCCACUGCCUGAGAACAACGAGGUUGUGAGGAAACACCAUCGGCAUCGUGAGAAGGAGAAGACGGGAGACAUGGAGAAAAGCAGUGCCGUCAAGGAAGAGAACGGCGAACUGGGCAGGGGCAACCACAAGGAUGAACGCCACCGGCCGCACCGGAGUCAUAGCAAAGAGACGGGCGAAGCGGGUGGGAAGGAAGGGAAGAGCGAACGCAACCGAAGCCAGGAAGGAGGCAGACAUCACCACCGCCGGGGGUCCAUGGAAGAAGGCGCUGAGAGGGAACAUCGACGCCACCGUGGUCACCGGCAUCCGGUGGAGCGCCAGGCCAAAGAAGGCAAUGGAACGGCCAACGGGACCAAGACCGAACGACGUUCACGUCACCGAGGAGGGUCAAGGGCAGGCAACCAAGAAGGGGACCCUGGCUCCAAAGGGGAGGGGGGCGAAGAGCCCCACCGAUGUCACAAGAUACGGCACAAGGCCCUCUCCACGUACGAGUCGGUGGACAAGGAGAACGGAGAGAAAGAAGGAGAGCUGGGGGAAAAGGAUCUCAAGAACAUCCAGCCAAGGGAAAGCCAAUGUGACACCGAGGCAGGCAUAAGUGUGACCGUGGUCCCUUUACACACCUUGCCCAGCACCUGUCUGCAGAGGGUACCUGAGCAGCCGGAGGAUGCUGACAACCAGAAGAACGUGACCCGUAUGGCUCAACCAUCUUUGGACAGAUCUGCCCCUGUCCACAUUCCUGUCACUGUCACCUCUCCUCCCGGGGAGGCCUCCAUCAUACCAAUGAACAACGUUGAAUUUGAAGCCAAAAUGGAAGAGAAGAAGGACAUGGAUGCUGAAGACGACAUGGCCAACAGUACACCCAAACCAAUCCUUCCCUACAGCUCCAUGUUCGUCUUAAGCCCAACCAACCCGAUCCGGUGCCUCUGUCACUACAUUGUCAACAUGCGUUACUUCGAGAUGGUCAUCCUCUUCGUUAUCGCACUCAGCAGCAUCGCCCUGGCCGCCGAAGACCCUGUUCAAGCAGAGUCACCCAGAAAUGAGGCUCUCAAGUACCUGGAUUAUAUAUUUACAGGUGUCUUUACCUUUGAGAUGGUGAUAAAGAUGAUUGACUUGGGACUUCUGCUGCAUCCUGGUGCCUAUUUCCGCGAUCUCUGGAACAUCCUCGACUUCAUUGUGGUCAGUGGAGCUCUUGUGGCAUUUGCCUUUUCAGGGAACAAAGGGAAGGAUAUUAACACCAUUAAGUCCCUCCGCGUGCUACGGGUCCUUCGGCCACUGAAAACCAUCAAACGUCUACCCAAACUGAAGGCAGUCUUCGACUGCGUGGUAAACUCCCUGAAGAACGUUCUCAACAUCCUCAUCGUCUACAUGCUCUUCAUGUUUAUCUUCGCCGUCAUCGCAGUGCAGCUUUUCAAGGGCCGGUUCUUCUACUGCACCGACGAAUCGAAGGACUUGGAGAAAGACUGCAGAGGCCAGUACCUGGCUUACGAAAAGGAUGAAGUGGAAGCUCAGCCCAGGCAGUGGAAGAAGUAUGAUUUCCAUUAUGACAACGUUCUCUGGGCUCUGUUGACCCUGUUCACAGUCUCCACUGGAGAAGGGUGGCCCACUGUUUUGAAGCACUCUGUGGAUGCAACAUAUGAAAACCAAGGCCCAAGUCCUGGCUACCGGAUGGAGAUGUCGAUCUUUUACGUCGUCUAUUUUGUCGUCUUCCCAUUUUUCUUUGUGAAUAUCUUUGUAGCUUUGAUCAUCAUCACCUUCCAAGAACAGGGUGACAAAGUGAUGUCUGAAUGCAGCCUGGAGAAAAAUGAGAGAGCCUGCAUAGAUUUUGCCAUUAGUGCCAAGCCUUUAACCCGCUACAUGCCCCAAAACAAACAGUCAUUCCAGUACAGGAUGUGGAAAUUUGUGGUGUCUCUUCCUUUUGAGUACUUUAUCAUGGUCCUGAUUGCGCUGAAUACCAUCGUGCUUAUGAUGAAGUUCUAUGGUGCCCCCGAACCCUAUGAAGAUAUGCUGAAAUGCCUCAAUAUUGUCUUCACCUCCAUGUUUUCACUGGAAUGUAUCUUGAAGAUCAUCGCCUUUGGUGCAUUGAAUUAUUUUCGUGAUGCCUGGAACAUUUUUGAUUUUGUCACAGUUUUGGGAAGUAUUACUGAUAUUUUAGUCACAGAGAUUGCGGAAACCGAUAAUUUCAUUAACCUGAGCUUCCUCCGACUCUUCCGGGCAGCCCGACUGAUCAAGCUUCUCCGUCAGGGCUACACCAUACGGAUUCUGCUGUGGACUUUUGUCCAGUCCUUCAAGGCCUUGCCAUACGUGUGCCUCCUCAUCGCCAUGCUGUUCUUCAUCUAUGCCAUAAUCGGCAUGCAGGUCUUUGGGAACAUCGCUCUGGAUGAUGACAGCGCCAUUAAUCGUCACAAUAACUUCCAAACCUUUCUGCAAGCACUAAUGCUGCUUUUUCGGAGCGCUACCGGAGAAGCCUGGCACGAGAUUAUGCUUGCAUGCCUGAGCAACCAGCCCUGUGACGAGCACUCCAACCUCAGCCGGAACGAAUGUGGCAGUGACUUUGCUUACUUCUACUUUGUCUCCUUCAUCUUCCUCUGCUCCUUUCUGAUGUUGAACCUAUUUGUGGCUGUAAUCAUGGACAACUUUGAGUACUUGACCCGAGAUUCGUCCAUCCUUGGACCUCAUCACCUGGACGAGUUCAUUCGCGUGUGGGCAGAGUACGACCCAGCUGCUUGUGGGCGGAUCAGUUACACCGACAUGUACGAGAUGCUGAGACACAUGUCGCCACCACUUGGCCUGGGGAAGAACUGUCCCGCUCGUAUUGCCUAUAAGCGUUUGGUCAGGAUGAACAUGCCCAUCUCAAAUGACGAUUUAAGUGUCCACUUCACAUCAACGCUAAUGGCCUUGAUAAGGACAGCCCUUGACAUCAAACUUGCAUCAGGCAUGCUGCAACAUCAGUGUGAUGCUGAGCUAAGGAAGGAGGUCUCGGUGGUUUGGCCCAAUUUGUCCUCCAAAACUUUGGAUCUGUUAGUGCCACCUCAUAAACCUGAAGCCAUGACAGUAGGGAAGGUUUAUGCAGCCUUGAUGAUAUUUGACUUCUACAAACAAAAUAAAAACACCCGUGAUACUUCUCACUCAGGGCCUGGAGGUCUCUGUCAGACUGGCACUGUUUCCCUUUUCCAUCCGCUGAAAGCAGCCCUCGAGCAAAGCCAGACAGGAUUCCCCAAUGCUUUUCUGCGUCAAAAGAGCUCCGCGUCACUCAACAAUGGGGGCGCCCUGCCAAUGCCAGAAGGAGGAGGCAUCAAAGAAUCGGUUUCCUGGGGGAUCCAACACACCCAGAACAUGUUUUAUGAAACUAGGGCACCAGCGUUUGAACGAGGCCAUUCGGAGGAAAUUCCCAUCCAGCAGGCAAGCAAGAGGGUUGUAGAAAUGCGAGAAAUCAGCCCAACUUUAGCCAAUGGGGAACAUCAGCCAGGCCUGGAAAGCCAGGGGCGAGCGGCCUCCAUGCCUCGGCUGGCAGCCGAAACUCAGCCCAUUCCAGACAACAGCCCCAUGAAGCGCUCAGUCUCCACGCUCAACCCACAGCGUCCACGUGCCACACAUCUUUACGAACAUGCCCGGCCAGCUGAACACACCCACCACCAUCAUCACCAUCGUUGCCACCGGCGGAGAGAGAAGAAGCAGAAGUCGGUGGACAAGCCACCCAAUCACUUGAUUGAGGGUGAAGCUCCUGCAGGAGAGGCCCCCUCCAAGUCCAAAAGGCAGGAGCGGGGCCGGUCCCAGGAACGGAGAGUCCAUUCUUCCUCUUCCUCUGAAAAGCAACGCUUUUACUCCUGCGACCGCUAUGGGAGUCGGGACCGUUCUCAGCCCAAGUCCUCUGAAUGCAGUCGGCCUCCAUCUCCUGGUGGAGGGCAGGACCACGAGACCCAGAAACAGGGCAGUGGUUCAGUUAACGGGAGCCCCCUGCUGUUGACCUCUGGUGCUAGCACCCCAUGCCGUGGUCGGAGGCAGUUGCCGCAAACUCCACUGACUCCACGUCCCAGCAUUACCUACAAGACUGCCAACUCCUCGCCUGUGCAUUUCUCUGGGUUCCAGACUGGCCUGCCAACCUUCUCCCCGGGGCGCUUGAGCCGGGGUCUCUCUGAGCACAAUGCUUUGCUGCAUGGCGACUCCCAGGGACCCUCCCCAACCUUGAUGGCACGGAUCGGUUCGGACCCUUACCUGGGACACCGAGAAGAGAGUGACAGUCCAUACCAUACGAUGCCUGAGGACACGCUCACCUUCGAGGAGGCAGUGGCCACCAAUUCAGGGAGAUCCUCCCGGACCUCUUACGUCUCCUCUCUAACGUCCCAGUCCCAUCAAGUCCGCCGCGUUCCCAAUGGGUACCAUUAUGUAUUGGGACUAAGUGCUGGCUCUGGCACCAGCACGAGGGCCCGUAGCUAUUACCAUGAGCGAGACGAAGAUGAUUGGUGCUAGCAGGACAAGAACCCCGUCACACACUGGAGGAAGGGAGUUUAUCCAGCUGGAUCUCAACCCUUGGCCGACCGUGACCCUUAUCAACCGAGCCAGGCAUGGAAACUCCCAAUGGAUCUGAGCACCAUACAGCUACGCCCAAUUUCUUGGUCCAUCCUUUGGUCUCCACAGUGUAUUAUUUUGGGGGAGUCCUUCCCACCAGCGUUUUGGAAAAGCCCUCCAAGAGAGGAUGGGUUUUUUGGCAAGGAUGACAUCUCGGUUCUCGUUCUUGCUGUUGGACUGUUCUCCUUGGGGCCAGAGAGUUGGUGGCCCCCGUCUUAAUUUUCAUCUUGUUUACCAAUCUGAGCUAAGGAUGGGGAUGAAGAAGACGAAGACGGAGGAGGAGGAGGAGGAGGAGGAGGAGGGUGGUGGGGUGGGCAGAAUGGCCGCGUCUUAUAUUGA